AAUAUUUAGCGUCAUUCGUACACUUGUUUUUUGGAAUUAAUUGCAAUUAUCUUGGAAUAAUUUACUCAGUAUACUCUAAAACUGUGUUUAUAAAUAAGUUUUCAAGAUGAUGGACUGUGUUGAAGAGACCAACCAUGAUCCUCUGUCGUCGCCCGCUCAGCCCGCAUCGCUCGACGCUAAGGUUGAGAAGAAGAAGCCCAAUGAAAACGUCUCGUUGACCGACAACAGCUUGCUGGUGGACAUAUCAGACGCUCUCAGUGAGAAGGAGAAAGUGAAGUUCACAGUUCACACCAAGACAACCCUCCCAGAGUUCCAGAAGCAAGAGUUUGUGGUGGUCCGACAGCAUGAGGAGUUCGUCUGGCUCCACGACCGCUAUGAGGAGAAUGAGCAAUACGCUGGUUAUAUUAUACCGCCUGCGCCCCCUAGGCCGGACUUCGAUGCGUCGCGCGAGAAACUUCAGCGAUUAGGGGAGGGAGAGGGGGCCCUUACGCGUGAAGAGUUCCUUAAGAUGAAGGAGGAGUUGGAGGACGAAUAUCUAGCAACCUUCAAGAAGACUGUAGCAAUGCACGAAGUGUUCCUGCAACGUUUAGCGGCACACCCUGUAUUCAGGAGCGAUUCCCAUCUCCGAGUCUUCCUGGAAUAUGAACAGGAUCUGUGCGCGAAGCCGCGCGGCAAGAUGGACCUUAUUGGCGGACUGAUGCGUUCCAUGACGACGACGACCGAUGAGAUAUACUUAGGAGCGACGGUCCGUGACGUCAACGACUUUUUCGAGCAAGAGACUGCGUUCCUUCAAGAAUAUUAUUCGCAUCUUCGCGACGCCGUGGCGCGUGUCGACCGAAUGACCUCCAAACACAAAGAAGUGGCAGACGCUCACAUCAAGUUAUCCUCGUGCAUCACACAGUUGGCCACACGUGAACAGCCGCCCACUGAACGUUUCCUAACCAGAGCCGCCGACACGUUUGACAAGUGCCGGAAAAUCGAAGGUCGCAUGGCGUCUGACCAAGACCUGAAAUUGGCCGACACUCUGCGUUACUACAUGCGAGAUGCGCACGCGGCGAAAGCUGUGCUGGUUAGAAGGCUGAGAUGCCUAGCUGCGUACGAAGCCGCCAAUAGGAACUUGGAAAAAGCCAGAGCGAAGAACAAAGAUGUACACGCUGCGGAGCAGCAACAGGCGGACGCGUGCGCGCGAUUCGAGCAACUAUCGGCGCGCGCGCGCGAAGAAUUGCUCGACUUUCGUGCAAGGCGCGUGGCCGCAUUCAGGAAGAGCCUUAUAGAUCUCGCGGAGUUAGAAAUCAAACACGCACGCGCUCAGCAAGAGUUGUUCAGGAAAUCGCUGCAAGUGCUCAAGGAAUGCCAAUAAUGUUACGUCAUCGACAGCCCAACGCUGGGCAUGUGGGCAUAAAGUUUUCCCAUCACCAACGCUGCGGUAAGACUGUGGUUUCCUAUAAACGCCGAAAGCCGCGUUACUAUAGAAAUAUAGUCAGUGUCGAAUAAUAGACAUCCAUCUUAGACAGCAUCUCACUUAACAUCAGGUGCGAUUUCUGUCAAAUACCUGCCUUUUUCUGCAUAAAAAAA